AAUUUUAACCUCCCAUUAUUUUAAGAGUAUUUUGUUUCUUUACCACCAUUCCGCCUCGAAUCUGUAACCCAUUUUCAGAUUUGAAUAUGGAAGUCUCCUCAUUCCUUCCCCUCCCUAUCUCACCCUCUUUGCUCUUUCCUAUUUUUAUUUAACUGGUUUUGCUCCUCUUCAAAUCUUCCCUUUUGCUCUGCAUUUUCAGUCUAAAGUUGAAACCUCUUCAACUCUUUCAUGGUGUGCUGAAAUUCAGUGCUUCUCUGCGUCUCCUCUGUUUUUUUGUAGUUUCUUCUUUUGUGUUAUAGUCCUUUUUAAAGAUGGCUCAAAAGCAUUUACACGAGUUGUUGCAAGAGGAUCAGGAACCUUUCGUCCUCAAGAACUACAUUGCUGACAGGCGUAGCCAAUUCAAGAGACCACUCCUCAAAACCCAUAUUCAGGUCAAGAAGCGAAAACCCAUUUCGCAGACCUCCAAUUUUCCUUCAAAUUUCUGUAAAAAUGCUUGCUUUUUCUCCUUCCAUGAAUCUCCGGACCCGAGAAAGUCUCCACUGUUUGAGUUCUCUUCUCCGGCAAAGAGUCCUUGUAGGAGUCCAAAUGCCAUCUUUCUUAACAUUCCUGCGAGAACCGCUGCUCUGCUUCUUGAGGCCGCGCUUAGGAUUCAGAAACAGUCUUCAAAAACAAAACCCCAGACCAAAAACAAUGGCUUAUUUGGGUUUUUCUUGAACAGGCUAACCAAUAAGAAUCGGAACGGUAAGAAGGAAAUUUCCGGCGAUGGGGUUAAGGCCUCGGUGAAAGACAUUUUGCAGUGGGAUUCAUCUGUGGAGCGUAGAAAACCUUUUCAAGAAAAUGGAAGACCGACUUCUGCUGUGAAAACUGCUUCUCCAGAGAUAAGUUCUUAUGAGAAAGGAUUUUCUUCCUCCAGCAAUGGUAGUAGGCGCAGCAGUGCCUUAUGGUCGGAGAGCAACGAAGAGAAAUCCUUGGAUUUGGAUUUAGACCCUUCCAGUAGUUGCGAAUCUGAUGAUUUCGAAGAAAACCGCAAUUACUUCUCCGAUAGCCCUUUCCAUUUUGUCCUUCAAAGAAGCCCCUCUUCCGGACACCAGACACCGGUGUUUUCCUCGCCGGCAACAUCCCCUAGUCACCGCAAAAGACAGGAUCAAGAUGUUGAGAGCUUAAAGAAAUUGCAAGAUAAAGAAGAAGAGGAAGAAGAAGAGAAGGAACAGUGCAGUCCUGUGUCCGUGUUGGACCCUCCAUUUGAGGACGAUGAAGAUGGACAUGUGGAUGAUAAUGAAUAUGGGGACCAUGAUCACGGUUAUGAUUUGGAAGGCAGCUACGCAAUUGUUCAGAGAGCAAAGCAUCAGCUGCUGCAAAAGCUUCGUAGGUUUGAGAAACUGGCUCAAUUGGAUCCAAUUGAACUUGAGAAAAGAAUGUUAGAGCCAGAGCAAGAUGACCAUGAUAAUGAUGCCAACAGUUACUGUGACCAAAAGGAGGAAGAGGACUACUACUUAGAGAAUGGCUCAGUUUCAUCAGACAAUGAAAUGAACAUUGAUGAUUUAGUCCAUCAAGUACUCAGAUUGACCUCCCACAAUGUAAAACAAAUCCCGGAUAGCUUGAAAAAGCUUGUUUCAGAUCUCAUAGCAGAGGAAGAAACAGGGCAGAACUGUGGUGUUGACAGAGAAGUAGUAGUUAAAAGAGUCUAUAAGAGGUUGGAGUCAUGGAAGGAGGUGGAAUCAAACACCAUAGACAUGAUGGUAGGACAAGAUUUCAGAACAGAGGUUGAUGGAUGGAAGAGAAAUCAAGAGCAGGUCAACGAGAUAGCAUUAGAGGUCGAGUAUGCCAUCUUUGGAUUGUUGGUGGAGGAAUUCUCAGAAGAACUAGUCAGUUUAACCGAGACAUGAUGCACCAGAGUUCUACAUUAGAGAUGAUGCUAAAAUAGAUUUUGGCUUCGCUUUCUUUCAAUUUUUUUUUUAAUUAAAUGUGAAAAUUAGAGUAUAUUCUAACUUGCUAUGAAGGGAUAGGCUAAUCAGAGAGUUGACAAUGGUGAAAGCAAGAAGGAUCUUGCUUGCUUAGGUAUUUAGCAAGGUAUUAUGUAUAUGAAUAAUGUAUGUAGUGGGGUAGAGGUGUAUGGAUCC